CCAUGUUCUACGUAUUGGCGGCCCCGUAAUCUAGAUUGGAGACGUCCCGGAAUCCAUUUCUGUUGUACCAACUACAAAUUGUAUAAAAAGACCGUCUUCGAACAUUUUGUUUCUUUCAUUUUAUUAAUUUUAUUUAAAAAAUAUAAGUGACAAUGUCUCAAGGAGGGGAGGAAGUAGGGAAACUUUUUGUUGGUGGAUUAAGUUGGGAGACAACACAAGAAAAUCUUCAGCGAUACUUCAGUAGAUUUGGAGAAGUUGUAGAUUGUGUUGUGAUGAAAAAUAAUGAGACUGGUCGGUCUCGAGGAUUUGGCUUUAUUACUUUCAAAGAUCCAAAUUGCGUCUCCAUUGUGUUAUCAAGUAAUCCUCAUGAAUUAGAUGGGCGAACAAUUGAUCCAAAGGCUUGUAAUCCUAGAGGGAUGCAGAAGGUAUGAAGAUAUUACAUUUUUGAG